ACGAAAUAAACCAGCUAUACGGUAUCCUUGUAAGUAAACUGUCUCUUUAUCUUAGUCCAUCUAACGUAAACAAUUUUGGAAAUGCCACUAUUGUUGUUUUUGUAGACUACUCCUUUUGAUAACAAAUAUAUUCUGUAUAUUUUUAAUGUUGAUAAAGCAUUUAAUAUUUGCUUAAUGUUAAUAUGUCUACAACAACUUCCAUUAUAAUGAGGAACAAUCAAGUAUAGUACAUUUUAUAACAACUGUAUAAUAUGAACUCAUGUUUAUAGUGGCAGUUCAAGGAUGAUAUUUAGAAUAAUAGUAAUCUAAACUGCAAUGAGGAAACAGUUGGACUCAUGCGAUUAUAAAAAGGCACAAGGCUGAGGAUCGGCUGUACAGUAAACAAUUGGAAGCACAACGACAAAAUGAAAUAUUUCAUAGUACUCCUUUUUGCUGUGUCUGCUCUGGCCAUGCCAGAUCCUGAGAUGACUAAGGAAGCAUUUCUUGAUGAUGAGUUGAUUGCAGAAGAGACUGCUAAUGCUGGUCUUACUGAUAGUGACAUACAAGUCACAGAUACUCCCAUUGAGGCUGCUAGUUCAUCUCUCACAAGCCUCUAUACAGCAAUCAACAGUGCAAUUGAUGCAAAACUUGCUGAUCAGCCAGUAAUUAAAGUCCUGAAUCUUGAUUUUGUUCGUAAAAAAUUGAAGCUUAGCAAAGUCAAUGGUGGAACUCUUUCCUCUUCUACUUUUAUUGAGCAAAUAAACAUUGGAAAUGGACAUUAUACCAGAAAAGGGAGCUAUUUAGCUUAUCAGCCAAAGUAUUUAGAUGGUCAUAAAUCUGGUUUAGCUGGAAUAUUUCUGAAUCUCGAGAAGCUUUUUCCAUGCAUAGCUGGUAGUUCGAUUAUCCCUGCCUGUGGCAGGUUUACCUCUGAGGAGGAUGGAUUCCUUCGGGGUAGAUCAAUUCUCCAAACAGGUGAUAUGGGGAAUCAUAUAAGGAUAUUUGGAAACUCAAUAGCCACUUAUGGAAUGGCUAUUUCUGGUUGUCGUGUUCUGAAUGGCAAAAAUGGUUGUCUUCCACCGUGGUUUCACACAAGAAUUACCUGCCUCCUUCCUCGUUCCUGCCAAUGAACAACUUGACUCUGCAGGUGAAUUGAUCCCUUGGACUUUACUAUUGUAGUUAUAUUUUGUUAGAACUAGCUCACAGGAUUUUUUAGUUUUAUUUUCUUCAUUUUUAUUUAAGUUUUUUUUGUCAAAGAAACAAUGAGAAAUUUACUAAAAACUUUUUGCAUACCAAAA